AUGUUAUCCAGUUAUCUCAUUUUAGAAGCGGAUAAAGAAUAUCUCGAUAGCUUAGUUUGUGCAAAGAUAACAUCUGGUGAAGCUGUGACAAUGGGACUAACUUUAAUAGUUUUCUAUGUAACAAUAAUAGCAAUAAUAAAUCAUGUCAAUUGUCAAAUGCUUAAUUUUGGACCGUGUCCGAUAGUGGAGACAGUGAACUUUUUCGACAUAGAAAGAUUUCUUGGUAGCUGGUACGUCAUAGAACGGUAUCCCACAUGGUAUGAAGACGGCCAGUGUUCCCACAAGCGGUUCGAGGCUUGCGGCAGAAGAAUCGAGAUCGAACAUGUAUUCAUUAGGGAAGGAGUACAGUUCGUAUUGCAAGUGAAUAGCAGUUACAAUCCCGGUGACGAAGCUGUGUUCCAGAUGCAAGACAAUAUUAUUGAGAGAAUUGGAAUACCCAUCGAAGUCGUAGCAACAGAUUAUUCAGAACACGCACUCUUGUAUGGCUGCAAGUAUCAUCCAUAUCAUAAUAUUAAAUACACCUUGGCUUGGAUUCUAUCUAGAAAUCAGACGCUCCCCGAACAGACAAUAAACGACUUGAAAACGACCUUCAACAAAAUACCGUACAGUAGUCUUAGUUUUCUGGAGCGAGUGCGGCAUGACUCCGACAUUUGCGCACACAGUUGGACAGCCCACGUGGAGAACAACGACAUUGGAAAAUAG